CUUUCUUUAUAGACAUAUAUAUAAAAAAAAACAAUAAUGGAUCCCACCAAAUAUAAUCAAGCUGAGCAAGAGCAAAUUCGUGCACUUAUUGAACAAAAACAAAUUACCGAUUUCAUGGAUUUGUUCACCCGACUUACCGAUCGUUGUUUUAAGGAAUGUGCUAAUGAUUUUACAAGUAAAGCAGUGUCUUCCAGAGAAGAAGCUUGUGUGAAGCGAUGUGCUGAUCGUUUUUUGAAGCAUUCUGAACGUGUGAGUGUUCGUUUUGGAGAACUCAGUGAAACUUUGAACCAAGCAUCUCAACAACAGCAACAGAAUUAGAUGAAUGGGAAACAAAAGAAAAGGAGGAUUAGAACAUUGUAAAUAUAGAAAAAAUCAAUCGGACGAAAAACAAUAAAUGGUUAUUUUCAAGCAAGGGGGGGUUGGAAAGUGUUUGCAUAUAGUACCUUGGAUUUUUUUUUUUUUUUAUGGGGAACAGGUUUUAAAGUUAUAAUGGAUGAAUAACUAUAAUCAUGUCUGUAUAUAUUUUUUAUUUUUUUAUAUAGAUAUUCAGAUAAAUAGUGAAGAAAGGGGGUUUAGAAAGAGAGAGAGAGAGAGAGAGAAAAAGGCAUCAUUAAUUAAAAGAAAAAAAUAAAAAAGAGAAAGAAAGGGUAAUACAUUGGGGGGAGCAUUUAA